UGUGCUUCGCCAUAAUGACCGCUGGGGGUCUCACUUUCGAAAAGUCCGAGAAGGAGAAGCAUCUGUGCUUGUUGUAACCAUCUUCCGCUGCUCAGCUGCCCUCCACCUAAAUAGUAUGAGCGCGUCAUGACGCACUGACCAAACGAGUCCAGAGCGUCGUAAAAACUUUGACGCAUGGGCGUUUGAGGUCUUCAGCCGCCGUGCGCCGAAUAUAAUUCUUCUCAUUAUGGCUACGGACCAAGAAAAGACCAGAAUGUGCCUGAAACAGCUUUUGGAAAAACCUGGGAAUGGAAACUGUGCCGACUGUGGAGCAGCAGAGCCAGAGUGGGCAUCCUAUACCCUGGGUGUGUUUGUGUGUCAUAGCUGCUCAGGUCUCCAUAGAAACAUUGCCCAGAUCAGCAAGGUGAAGUCUGUCCUGCUUGAUCCAUGGAGCUCCUCGGAGGUGGAGUUUAUGGACUCUGCGGGUAACGAUGCUGCCAAGGCCAAAUAUGUACAGAUAGUUCCUGCCUUCUACUACCAACCCACACACAGAGACUGCACGCUCCUGCGGGAUCAAUGGAUCCGAGCCAAGUAUGAGAGAAAGGAGUUUUUGUGUGUCGAGAAGCAGGAGCCAUAUUCGGCAGGCUAUAGAGAGGGGUUUCUAUGGAAACGAGGCAGAGACAAUGGACAAUACCUAAACCGAAAAUUUAUUCUGUCCGAAAGGGAGGGGGUUUUAAAGUACUUCAACAAGCAUGAUGCCAGAGAGCCCAAAGCCAUCAUGAGAAUCAACACUGUGAAUGCCACUUUCCAGCCAGCAAAAAUUGGCACAGCCCAUGGCCUGCAGAUAACCUAUCUGAAGGAAAACAGCACAAGGAAUAUCUUUGUUUACCACGAGGAUGGAAAGGAAAUGGUGGACUGGUUCAAUGCCAUCCGAGCAGCCAGGUUUAACUACCUGCAGGUGGCUUUUCCUGGGACUCCCAAGUCUGAUCUGCUGCCAAAGCUCACAAGGAACUACAUAAAGGAGGGUUACAUGGAGAAGACUGGGCCAAAGCACACGGAGGGCUUCAAGAAGAGGUGGUUUUCGAUGGAUGACAGGAGACUCAUGUACUUCAAAGAUCCAAUGGAUGCUUACGCACGAGGUGAGGUGUUCAUUGGUAGUAAGGAAAACUACUACACUGUGCUUCCUGGCCUCCCUCCCAACAUCCAGGGCUACGCCUGGCCAUUUGGUAUCACCAUAGUGACCCCAGACAGGAAGUUCCCCGUUACGUGUGAGACUGAAGGCGAACAGAAAGACUGGAUGGCUGCUUUUCAGGCUGUAAUCAACAGGCCGAUGCUGCCUCAGGAGUAUGCAGUGGAGGCCUAUUUUAAACACAAACCAUGACCAUGUUCUACUGCUGAGGAACUGGACAUAUGGACUUGACAUAAAGUAUAAAGACAUGGACCUUAAGAUGAGAUGGUUUUCAUCUGCAAUUAUAUUUCCCCACAAUUACUCAACUGUCAUGCUUAAUCUACAUUAUGUUCCAGGGAGCCUAAUGUUCUGAAUGUUAGUCGAACUCAUCUGUCAUGUAGUGUGACUUACAUACUUGAAAUAGGACAGUCGUUAUGCAUGUAUGUUUGUACAGUAUGUGUGUCUUUUGUGGUUCUGUUGCUGCUCAGAUGUGGAGAGAUUUCCGUAUGGUGUUAAAAGUGCAGUGUUUUUCCCAACAAGGGUACAAACUGUGCCACUGUGGCCAGUUAUAGGCAGACUAAAAGUGUAAUCUGACAGCAAUGUCAAUUGUGUCUGUAGGAGGAAUAAUACAUUGUCAAUUUGUCACAUUU